UUUGUUGUAUCAGUCAUAAUCUGCAUUCCUGUUGUAUUUUAGAAAAGUCUAAAAGCUUCAAUGACAGCAUUCACAUACCUGCGAUGCACACUGUCACUAGUGUUAAUAAUGCUGGACUCUGGGCAUUCAUUCACUUAAGAUCUUUUGCCUUAGUGUGACUGACUGUACUUGCUUCCCAGUGUUCACAUAACAUCUUUCGUGCACUCUCAGCAUGAGCACAAUUAGUGGUGUGUGUGUGUGUGUGUGUCCGCGCGCGUGCGUGUGUUUGUGUGGUGUUGAUGUCGGUGUGGUGUAUGAGUGAUUAGGCGUUGGAAAGACCGAGAUGUCCCGGCGCAUGCACGCAGCCACUGAGCGCAUGAAUAUCAUCUCCAGUGUGCCACUUCGGAAGUAGGUCACCGCUCGCCGAUUUGUUCACCAUGUCUCCGGCGACUGCUCGCCGAUCGCUCCACGGCUCGACACAAGCAGUCCGACCGAAGCGAAACUAAGCAGCAGCGCUUUAAAAAAGGGGGGUUGUUGUGUAUGAGUGUGCUUGUAUGUAUGUGUGUGUGGUCUAGUUUUAAAUCCCGACGGGACACGGAAGCCACACGAUGAACCGCGGCGGUGGUUCCAGGCGGAGAUGAUCGCUCCGGCUCCGCUUCGAAGAUUCUCUUAAACUCGCCCAUGAUUCGAAGCUCUUGCGCGGACUGCUCCGAACCUCCGCGAUGGAUUGAUCGAUCAUCGAGUGUUUUGGAGUCGUUUUUUUCUUUUUUUCACUUCGGAUCUCGGCGCUCCUGCCCCAGCAUGCUGUCACACUGACCGCGGCCAAAGAGUGGAUGGCCCCAGUUGAUGAUCCAUGAUGAUUCCUGUUGACGGGCCGCUCUGAGCUCCUACCACUGUUGUAGACGGAGUACCUGCUCCAGGACGAGACCAUGGUGAAAGUUCAGCGAAACCAGCAAUCGAAAGGUGGGAAGUCCCACAGGGAGAAGGGAGGCAAAGAGAAGGGAAAUGGAAUGAGAAAACGCAAAGAGAGAAUGAAGGAACAGAGAGGAAAGAAGCAGAUGACAGAGUCACACCGAUUUAGGAAGAAGACAUUGGCGGAGAGCGUGAGAGAUGCACUGGAUUGUUGUGUCCUGCUCACACGUUUGGAGGAGAAGGGAGCUGUGGAUAAGGACAUGCGGAAAACUUGCAAAGAACCAAGUGUACAUGUCAGAAAGAAGCAGGGAACCUCUGGAAGCAGGACCACAUCUCACAAGUUGAAGAAAUCAGCUUCUAAACAAGCACUGGAACCAAAAAGUGGCAAAUCUGACGCCUUGCUUAUGUGGCCCCCGUUUGUUCCUGAGCCUCGCAGGAGGAGAAUGGCCUCUCUCAAUGCAGAGGCUGUCAACAGCUUGCUACUCUAUAGGGCUGAUUCCCUCGCAUCCAAUCUGACGAAGAAAGAGCAGCCUUCAAAUGAAGCUCUGCCUAAAGGUGAAAGGAGACCUCAUAAAGCCAAGAAGGUUCUCCAGGGAGGGAAAACAGACCUCAAGGAAAGUCAUAAAAAAAAGAAGCGAUCCACGGCGGAGACUCCGCCAGUUGACUGGUUGAGUUUGUUUGCCCCAACCCCUCGGCGUCAGGCGGGCCUCACCGCUGCGACGCUGCUCAAACUCACCAGUUCCCUCUAUGGAAACAAGCGGCAAAAGAAGCAGGAGUCCCAGGCCGCAAGCGAAACUAAAGCUAAGGAUUCAACUCAGGUUGAGAUUAGUGGUAAGCCUUUAAGUGGAGCAACACUGCAGACCAAAAGAAGAACAAAUCCAAAACACAAUGAGCAGCUAAAGCACAUUAAACAGGGUAAAGAGGAUCCAGUUCAUUCCCAACCGGGCUCUCCUGUCCAGGGAUGUUGUAGUCUUUGUAAGACAGAGGCUUUGGACCCAGAGUGGAAGUCAGGUGGACAGGAGUGUUUAAAAGCACUCCAUUGUGGCUCCACACUAGGAUUCUCCUUAAAAACAAUCAAAGAGGAGCAGGAAGAGACUGAAGUGUCAACCUGCUAUUGUUGUACACAAGAGAGGUGUGUCGAAUACUGUCACAGACUUGCCCUGUUCCUUAAGGACAAGGCCCUCAAGGAGCGUGAUGAUAAAGUCUCGCUCUCUGAAGUGUUCCACCACCAUCACCACCACCACCACCACCACCAUCACCACCACCACCACCUCCAGACCAGCCACCCGACAGCCAUAACCAUCACACCGCACUCGUACACCUGUUUCCCCAGCUACUGCGUUCACUUCAGCCACCCGGACGCCUCGCCUUCCUCCAUGACACCCCUCGCUUUAUGUCCAAAGAGCAGCAAGAGACCCAAACUGCUGCCCAGCUCUAGCACACAGCCCUCAGGGAUUUCUCAUCCAGUCUACUGCUGCACCUCUGUGGAAGCAUGCUAUGGAGAGCCCUGCAGGAUCAACAGCUAUUCCACCUACGGCAGUGUCAUUCCCACCAUUGCCAGAGGAGGUUGCAGCAAAUGCAGCAACAGCGUUAACAGAGACGACUACUCAUCAACCCUCAAUGACCAUCACAGCCCGUCCUCUAUCCCCAUCUGUCCCAGCCCGAGAAUCCUCACUGGCUGCCCCAUUCCCGCUGUGCCUCCAGCCGGCCAAUCAGUGCCCCCAGUUCAGACUCCGCUGUCCGACCCCAGCCAACCGCAGCAACCACCCCUGCAGGUGGCCAAGGAGUGUCCGCAGAGUGCCAAGCCGCCCAGCGGGUCCAGGUCUGUCGCACGUAGCAGCGGCGGUGGCAUCAGCUCGGUUGUGUUUCCUCUCAAAAAGGAAAAGAAACAGAAGCUCGGUUCUGCCAGCGCCAGAGGCCAAGCGGUUGCCAAGCAGCCGAAGAACGGCCGCCAAAAGAGUACCAACGGCUGGCGACCCGUGGGCCUCCCCUUUGAAAAAGAGGUUUUCUGUCUGGGAGAGGAAACUCUGGUGCUGAGAAAGUGCUUCCAGGGAGUCCAGAGGGAUGGCGAGCUGAUUCGGGUCAGGGACACUGUCCUGCUGAAAUCUGGACCGAGGAAAAAGUCACUGCCUUAUGUGGCUAAGAUCUCAGCUCUGUGGGAGGAGCCUGAGACAGGAGAGUUGAUGAUGAGUUUGUUUUGGUACUACCGUCCAGAACACACACACGGGGGACGCAAUCUUAAUGUGCAUUGUCAGAAUGAGAUCUUUGCAUCUCGUCACCAGGAUGUGAACAGUGUGGCCUGUAUUGAAGACAAAUGCUAUGUCCUAACACUGGCACAGUAUUGUCGAUUUUGUGCCUUGGUAAAACGCCGCGGGGAGGGCGUACCCGACAGCGCCGCCUCUCUUCUGGUGCCGCCCAUCGUCGACCACGCCACACCCAGCCACCGAUGCGUUCCCGACGACGCUGAUCCAGUGCUGGUGUUUUUCUGUCGACAUGUCUACGACUUCCGCUAUGGACGCCUCCUCAAGAACCUGCAGUAGCGUCCACUGACCACAGCGGAACAACACAUCCAGCGCGCUAAUACCAGAGACGUGAGAUAAGGUUACGCCCGAUUCAGCCGCCUCUACUUUAAUUAGCGCCAAGCCUGCUGAGGGGGAGAGACUGGAGGUUUGGGGAUGAAGGAUUGUGAGAUUGUUUUGUUUUCACACGGACACACACUUAUGAAGUAGGUGUAAAGGUCUGCCACGUUGUAAUGCCGCUGUUGAAUUGAGUUGAAUCAUACAUGGCUUUCUGUUACGACUGAGCGUGCGCUGUCAGGGAACAUUCUCCAGCAGAUCUUAGAAAUGUGCCGAUUGAUUGGCAUAUUGAAAGGAGCUCACAUGAGACGAAUGUAACGAUAUGCCGACCCCCGUGUCAACAAGCAAAAUAGGUCAAAUAUUUACAAAAAAUACAAAAUGUCAAUUUAUCUUUUUAACAGGACUUCUUUUAUGGACACAUCUGUCAACCAGUAGAGAUACUUGUUUAAAUAAAUGUCCAUCAUAUUCAAUUACAUGAAAAUAAAGUCAGUUAAAAAUGAAUGUAAUGAAAUCAAAUUUAAUAAAAAAAAUCAUCAGAAAGUGGGUGAUAUGCUAACACAUCUUAGCAUUUAAAACUGAAACUAGGCUUAAAAUAGCAAACAUCUUUUAUUCAGCAGCCAAAAUAAAAACAGUUUUCUGGCUAUUGAACACAUUUAGUGUCAAAAGUAUUAUUACGAGAUUUUUGUUUUAAGCAGACUUUGUGUUUGAUGGAUAAAUCUGGCAACCGAUGGAGCUACUUGUUUAAAAAUGCAACAAAUUAAAUAAAAAAUCAUCCAAGUGGACAGGGUUAUGACAAUACUGCGACCAUAUGCUAAUUUAGCUUAGCAUCUGGUACUGAAACUUUGCUUAAAAUAGCAAAAUGUUGCGCUGCUCUUUAAAAUCUAAAAAGUAAUCUUCUAAGAGCACACACUGUAUUGACUCGAAUCUAAGACGCUAUUUUCAUCUUAUACAGUCAUCCCUCUGCACUUCGUGGUUCAAAUUCAAGACUUCACUAUCACGUUUUUUCCUAAAUAUAUUAAUAAAUCAUGUUUCAUUGCUUAAAACAGCCUAUUACUAAUCCAAAAAUAUGCAUAUUGAAACAAAUAGUUUUUGCCUGAAUUCAGCAUUUUUGAGCAUAAAAUGGAUAAAUGAAAUAAAAUACAAAUAUAAAGCAUUUAGAAGACGCAUUGAAAGACACGAGUCACUAUGUGUCAGUAAUGUUACUGCAAUGUUCGGCGAGACACAAAAACCAGACUCGAUCGGCGGAACAACAGGUUUAUUGCAGGUUUGAGCUAUCUCACAGGUACAAUAAUUCCUAAUACAAACACAGGAUACUGAACUCUGAACCCCAACGUCACUUCCUGUCCACCCACAACUGAGCUCUCCUAGCAACAUAUACCAGUGAGUUGUAUGUCUUGAGUGGCUUAUUAACUCUAUUAUAUUGGGUAAUACGAGUGUAAAGGGGACUAUAUGGGUGUUAUUUCAUGUGUAGACGGCUCCAAUAAUGUUUAAAACCGCAUUUAGAAGGUCGUAAACAGGUUUUCUGUGCAGUAACUAGGAAAAUAUUUCAUGGAUAAAUGAAGAAUCCUACUUCACGGAAAUUCACUUAUCACGGUUGGGUCUGGACCCGAUUAACCGCAAUGAAUGAGGGAUUACUGUAUAAGAGAGAAAUGUAUACAUGCAAACCAACAAGUGGUGCCAGGCCACUUCUCCCCCAAGCGAAUCAGAGCUUUUCUUCCUGUCACUCACACACACCAUUGACCUGGAGAGAUGCAGCCACGACACAGAGUCCUGCUGCUGCUCAAAGUUAGGACCAGUUUAGCGCACAACGCAAACGUUAUGAUGCUAAUUGUAAGAUAAUGGCGAUCAAUCAAAACAACUGUCCAGCAGCGGAUAACGACAACAAAUGAAAUAUUAUGAAUGAAUUAUGAUUUCACAUGUAUUUAAAAAAUUUUUUGUCUUUAUAGAAUUUUUUUUUUCAGAAAGGUGUCUUGAAAAAGGCGUGGUCGUCUAUUGGAGGCCAUACGGUAAUUUUCCCUCAUUGUCCUGUAAUAGUAGCUUCAGUGUUCACACACUCAAAGUCCAAUUGAGUUAGUUUGCAAUGUGAAAAACAAGCGGAGGACUGAGAACGGGGACUAUAUUGUAUUCUGUAGCGGUGUCCUGGCCGUCUGUAUAUUUGCGUGGACUGCAGAUGGCGUCGGUUAGUCGCCCAUGUUCUUGUUUCCUCACCGCUGACAGGCUGUGAGAGAAUCGAUGAUGUAUUCGGUGGUAGCAUUUAGAUGAUGGUGAUGAUUCAUUCCUCUAUGUUUGAAGAGAAGAUAAUGUAUUUAUUUCUGUAUGGAGAAAAUCUAUAAUUUAUUUUCAAGAGAAAGAUUUUUAGACUAGAGAGCGUCGUCGCCCGUUGUAGCUGCACUGUGCGAUGCGUUGCUUUUGCAAUAUUAGUGUUUGUGUGACUGAUAAGAGCCUAGUCGACCUUGUGGUGAAUUACUGAAGUCCUCCCAGCAGGUUUCAUCACUCAUUUGCUUUUGGGCAAGAUGCAGUGUGAAGCACACCUGCUUGAUCAGAGGAAGUAGUUUGGCCAGUUCUUCACCUUCUUCUCAGCUUUGCCUCCUCACUUUGUACUACAGACAAUGAUUUGUGCCCUUCAGCUUGCUGCCUUAGAGAACAUUCCCAGACAUUUAUUUGAAAAUGUGUUGGCUUUACGAGGCUUUAGAUGAUGCUUUAGAUCUCACACACAUAUACACGUCUCAUUCAUGUGAUCUUUGGAGGCCUGAACUUAUAACAUGUUAACACUGCACGCCCAAAACAGGAAUAGUUUGAGAAUUAAACGGAUUUGACAGGCAAAUGAGAGAGUGCACGUUAGACUGGCUAUAAAAAUGUUAUUUUUGUGUUUUCUUGCAGAAAUAUUGGUCUGUUUGUUGGCUUGGUGCACCUUUUUAUUAUGCAAAUUACAAAAAAAUAACAAUUUUGCUACAAGCCAUUACCAGUGCUUCUUUUAAAUCUUCCCUAGUGGCCACAAAACAAAUAAAAUAAAUGAAUCUUUCUACAUAAAACUGAGCACAAAUGGCCCCAAAAUAUAUAACUGCUCAGCAAAUUUUAUUUAUUUAUUUUUUAUUCAUGACACAUAUAUUUUACAAUAUUUUUUUGUUGUUCUUGUAGCAUUGAAAGAAAAAAUAAAAUGUGGAGAAAGAUGGUCUGUAUUGGAAGGUGCAAAAUAAGUAAACCGCCAUAACAUGGUAUUUGUUAAACCGGUUCUCACAAGAAUUUAGAAGAACUACAAAACAAAAAGUCCCAAGUGUCCAAAGUGUCUUGUAGAAAUAUUGGUUUGGCUUUUUUUGGGUUGAAGCAAAAAGAAAAAUUACCACAUUUGUUCAGAGAUGCUCUUUAUUACCACUGAAUAUUAGGGCCGCAUUGGGGAAAAACAUACAAAUCCGAGAUUUCGAGAAUAAAGUCGUAAAUUUACAAGAAUAAAGUCUUAAAUUUAUGACAAUAAAGUCACACAUUUACGAGAAAAAAACGAGAAAACAUAAUAUUACGAGAAUAAAGUCGUAAAUAUCGAAAUGUCAUGGUAUUAUUAUUUGUUAAGCCUGUUCUCACAAGAAUUUAGAAGAACUACAAAACGAAAAGUCUUAGUGUCCCAAGUGUCUUGUAGAAAUACUGGUUUGGCUUUUGGGUUGAAGCAAAAAGAAAAAGCACCAAAUUUGAUGGGAGAUGCUCUAUUAUUAAAGUCGUACAUUUACGAGAAUAAAGUCGCAAAUUUACGAGAAAAAAAAAAGUCGGAAUGUGACGGAAAUAAAAUCUCAUUGUAUUCUUUUUUUUUUUUUUUAAAUGUGGAAUACUCCGUCGUAACUUUAUUGGACACUGACAAUAAAAUAGAGAUGUGAUUUAUUUAGAUUUUUUAAUAUUAUUUAUGGUUUGAAAUAACGUGUUAGAAUUUAGUAGAAAAGAGCACAAUUGUUUAUUAUUAUUGUUAUUAUUAUUGCUACAUAAUUAGGGCAAUUUUCUUUUUAAUCUAAUACAAUGUCAUUCGUACAAUACACAUUUUUGGGGUGAUGGUUGGCAGAGGUUGACAUUAAAAAUCAUUGUGUUCUUAUCAUUACCCCACAUUGUUUUAGCAAAACUCUUUGUAUUUCUUAACCCGUAUGAAAUGGCAGAAAAUCAUUGUUUUGUCGCAAAAUACAGCAUCUUGUGCGGACAAUGUCUGCACCACGUCCGUUUAAUUUAUGAUUGAGUGUAUUAAUUUGCCUUUUUUUUUUUUUUUUUUUUGCACAUUUGGACACACAUUUAGAAGGAAAAAUACUAGUACUAAAUUCUGGUGAGAACACGUUGCUUUGUUUCCGCUCCGACUGACUGAUAUGAAUGCAAGCUGAUAGAUGAUGAUGAUGUAAAGCCCCGUGAACAGCAGUUGAGAAGUUCAGCUGCUCAACAAUCAAUGAAAAGCCCCACUGGGUGUUCUUACAGUACAGUACAAUAUGUGCAGUAUGGCCUUAGAAGUCACUCAGCUCUUCUCAUUAAUCAACAUGUGAUACUAGAUGUCUUAAUUGGUCCUCUGUGCCUGUUCCUGUAAGCCCAUAUUUUAAAAGAAGCAUAUAUAUAUAUAUAAAUAUAAAUAUAUAUAUCUAUAUAUAUUCCAAGUGUUUUUCCAGGAUGAGAUGUGUGAGGAGUUAUUGUUUAUUUUUGAUGUUUUACUUCCAAAUGCCUUUCAUUCGUUUGAGUCAGAUGACACUGGUCUGAUGUUGAAUUGCACCAAAAAAAGGUAUUGAAACAUGAACUGAAUAUCAUUCCUAUGUAGGUGUAGAAGAAUGUUAUACCUAAAUGUUGGUUUUUCUGGCGUGAGCUUAUGUUCAUAUUCUCUGCAUGGCAUUUCGGAAGUAUCUUGGAAAUAUUCAUCACAGCACAGUUUAUUUGUAUUGAUUCCAAUGGACCUCUGUAAUAUAAGAAAAAUAUUUAAUUGUAAUAAAUAAUAUAUGAGUU